AUGGAUUUAGAUACUGAUGUACCAAUGGAAGAUGUUGAAGAUCAACAAAAUCAAACUUAUAAUGAAAAUACUAAUAGCAUACCCACUAAUAUAAAAUCAUCAAAUAAAUUAAAAGAAUUUUCUACAAAUAAAGAUCAAUCUAAAUCAAUUAAUACUAAUACAAAUACUACAAAUACUAAUAACAAUACUAAAACAUUGAAUAAUCAAUCAAUAAAUCAAUUAGAUCAAUGGAUUGAUACAUUAUCAAAAUGUGAAACAUUAAAAGAAAAUGAUGUUAAACGUUUAUGUGAAAUGGCAAUAGAAGUUUUACAAUUUGAAGAAAAUGUACAACCAGUUAAUGUACCAGUAACAAUAUGUGGUGAUGUUCAUGGACAAUUUCAUGAUUUAAUGGAAUUAUUUAAAAUUGGUGGACCAUGUCCUGAUACAAAUUAUUUAUUUAUGGGAGAUUAUGUUGAUAGAGGUUAUUAUUCAGUUGAAACUGUUAGUUAUUUAGUUUGUAUGAAAGUUAGAUAUCCAAAUAGAAUUACUAUAUUAAGAGGUAAUCAUGAAUCAAGACAAAUUACUCAAGUUUAUGGAUUUUAUGAUGAAUGUUUAAGAAAAUAUGGAUCAGCUACUGUAUGGAAAUUAUUUACUGAUUUAUUUGAUUAUUUUCCCAUAACAGCAUUAGUUGAUAAUAAAGUAUUUUGUUUACAUGGUGGUUUAUCACCAAUGAUUGAAACUAUAGAUCAAGUUAGAGAAUUAAAUCGUAUACAAGAAGUACCACAUGAAGGACCAAUGUGUGAUUUAUUAUGGUCAGAUCCAGAUGAUAGAGGUGGUUGGGGUAUAUCACCAAGAGGUGCAGGUUUCACAUUUGGUCAAGAUAUUUCAGAACAAUUUAAUCAUACAAAUGAUUUAUCAUUAAUUGCAAGAGCUCAUCAAUUAGUAAUGGAAGGUUUUUCAUGGAGUCAUCAAGAAAGUGUUGUUACAAUAUUUUCAGCACCAAAUUAUUGUUAUAGAUGUGGUAAUCAAGCUGCUAUAAUGGAAGUUGAUGAACAACAUAAUAGACAAUUUUUACAAUAUGAUCCAUCUGUUAGACCUGGUGAACCAACUGUAACAAGAAAAACACCAGAUUAUUUCUUAUAA